AUGACAACGCAUCAUCACGGGCUGCCGCCUUUGUCGGGCCUCGAGGCAGCUCCACUCAAGCCUGGCAGCAUCGCCUCGUCCUCCCAUCAACUCUACUACCAUACCGCCCCGACGACGGCGUCGAGCACAACGACAGAUCCUGCUGCAGAAUCCUUCUAUCCUGGGCUUACUCUGGGCGAGGAAUUCCGCUACAUGUCCUCCGGCAUCCACUAUAACAGGGGCCCCAGCAGCGUCCCGCCCGGUAGCCAUGGGACUCUCAAAGCUACGCACCCCUACCCGUCCGACAACUUGACCACGCAGUCGGCGCUGGCGAGCUCCCAGUCCCUGUCUUCCACGCCAGUGUCAAGAAGACCUCGCGGGAGGCGCAGCGUACGGCGCUGCAGGCUGUGCGGCCUCGUCCCGGGGCUCCACGGGCAGCCAGGGGGGCGGGGGCCCGCGGGGGCCGGGUUGCCGCUUCCCCAGCCUGGCACAACGUCGACUAGCUUGACUCAGAGCGACCCGCAGCUGCAGCGGAUCUCGUCGUCGUCCCGCGUUCCUUCGGCCGCGCAUGCUGGCAAAGGGAGUGUUUCACACACACGGCAGCACGCCACCGCGAGCAGCAGCUACUACGGCUUGCCCAGCAAUGAAACAACGCCGCCGUCCCUGGCGCCACAGAGACGCCAGCACAGUCCGACAAAGUCGCACGCCAGCGAUGCACGCGCCGCCGAUUCCGAGGUCAGGGCGAUCCAGGCCAGCUGGAAGGCACUCGCCUCGCCUGCCAAAGAGUCGUUUUCCUACGAGAUCUGCGAUGGACAAAUCGUCCGCCAACGCGUCGUCGUCUCGGCCGCGGCUGAUCAAGCCCAGACUGCGGAUGCACGCGGCGCAGAGCACAAAACCGAGGAAGAAAGAUCGUGCAGGCGCUUGGCAGGCACUGAAGCCCCCGCAGCGGGCGUAGCAUUGACUGGGCCCCAGCAAGCAAAAGAGGCCGCUGCGCGGUCGCAGUUUCCGAGCAGCGCGCCUCUCCCGUCGUACUACGCCGCCGAGGACUUGGCGCACUCGGAACUGACCCGCGCGAGUGGUCUGCCAGUGAGUCACACGUACACUUACACAGUCAGGCAGCCCUCUGAGUCGGAGGAGCCGCAGGGGGGGGACUACAGCGCCAACCGCGUCAAGCCUUCCGCUGCGCCUGCAGGUCCCGACGCAUCGUACAGCCUGUACCCGCUCACUCUGAGCGAGGCGUCACAGGUCUACUCUCUCCAAGCUGUUCCGGGGUACUACGCUCCGGGCUUCGACUACCCCUUAGGCCCAGGGGCCCCCGUGAUGGCCCCAGGCACAUACAGCUACGACGUCGGAGCCGCGUAUCCGCAGAGCGCGUCUGCAGCUGGCGACGCGUACUCCGCCGCUGCGUACGCGGCGUACUACGGCGGCAGCGCCUACGCGCAGCCGCCCUCCCGGUUCGCCGGCACGUAUUUUGUCGACGCAGAGGGAAACACCUACUGGUCUGCCGGCGCCUCCUCGGCUGGCGAGCCGGUGUACGUCCCGGCGCCCCCUGCAGACGGAGGGGCGCUUGGCGCCGCCAUCCCGACGCCAGGUAGAACCAGACUGCCACGCCACAUCGGCGUCAGUGCUGGCGGAGAUGGCGAGCUGCACAGGGAGGGCCUCGUCAGCGUCCCCUCGGGGGGAUACGACUCGGCGCCGGCCGGGUUUCUGCCGGCGGCCUUGGCUCACGGAUCCUUCCCUACUCAUCAGCCGUCUGCGCAGCCGCUCCUGCCGUCGGUGUCUUCUUUCUACUACCCAGGCUCGCCAGCCGUCCCGAUGCCAGAGGGCGACGAGGAGGACGCGAUGGACCGCCACGACAGUGGCGAGCGAGCUGUGAACUGGCGAGUGCUUGUGGGGUCCGCUUGUCUCUUUUUUCUAAGAUCCGUAUAG